AUGAUCAAUGUUGCUUAGUUUAAACCAAAUCAAUUUUCAAUAUAAUUCAAGCAUCCGUACUAGCAAGCUAUUUAAUUUGCUUAACUGUAGUUUGAAACAAUUACAAUCGAUGCAAAAACUUUUAGGAAAUUUAAACCUCCAUUAGGUGAAGGAUCAGAAGGUAUUGUUUCUAAGGGGUAGAAUGUUUAAACUAAUGAAAAUGUGGCUAUCAAAGAAUACAAAUCAAUUAAUAAAAAUGAAUUAUAAGCCAUAUAAGCAAUUUAGAGAUAUAAGUUCAAGAAUAUUAUAGGAAUAAUAGGAGUACAGGAAAGACAGAAUGGUUUACCAGUUGUUGUUAUGGAAUUUGCCCAUGGAGAGUUUUACUAAUAUAUGUAAACUCCCCAAUAUUAAAAUCUGAGUUAUGAAGAAAAAAAUUUAUGUUUUAUUUAAAUGAUGGAGGGUCUUGAACAACUUCAUUAAUUAGGAUUGUUUCAUAGAGAUGUGAAACCUGAAAAUUUUGUCUAUGUUAAAGGUCCAACGAAUGAAAUAACUAUUAAACUGAUAGAUUUUGGAUUAGUCAAAGAAAAUAAAGAAAAUAUGUUUCAGACCAGUAAAGUUGGAACACCAUAUUAUAUGGCUCCAGAGGUGUUUGGAAAUUAAAAUAAUUCUUAUGAUAAAUCUGUUGAUAUAUGGUCUUUGGGAGCUAUUUGGUAUGAGUUGUUGACUAAUGAUACAUUCUUUUAAGGUAAUAGGUAAGAGGAAAUUUUUUACAAAAUUGUGAAUAUUUCAUAAGAAGAGAUUAACAGAUAAAUUUAGCAAAAUGAUAGUAUUAAAGAAAAGGAAAAGCAUUUUAUUAAAUCAAUGCUGUAGAAAGUUCCAUCCUAAAGAAUAUAAUUAAAAGAAGUAAUUCAAUUUUAUUUAAAUUAAUUCGUGACGGACUUAGAAUCAUUUAUUAAAGAAUUACAAAAAAAAAAAAGAGAAGGGUUAUCUGAAAAAUUAUAAAACUAAUAAAUAAAAAUAAGAAAUGAAUUGAAUUAAUUCAAAUAAAUCUCAUUAGAUAAUGUAAAAAAAGCUAACUAAACAGAAUUUAAAAGGAAAUUAAAACAGUUCAAAGAAAUUGAAAGAAUUGAAGAAAAAGAAGUAAUAAAAAUGUAAUUUUAUAAUUAAAAGGAGGAGGAAUAGAAAAAGAUAGAAAAUCUUAUUUAUGAAAAGCUAUUGAUUAAUGAUUCUCAAAUUAAUCAAAAGAUAUUCAAAAAUCAGAUGAUUUUUCAGAAAAAAUGGAAAAAGAAAUGGAUGAAAUAAAAAAGAAGUCUAAAAAACAUUUGA